AUGGAAGAGGACAUGUUCUGCUACAUUCAUGAAGGCGGUCAGCUAGUUAAAUGUGUUGGAGGGUCUGUUCAAUAUCAGGGUGGUCGUAGCGAAUCGAUGGUUGUUAGCCGGCAUGUGUCACAUAGUGAUUUCGUUUCAAAACUGUGUGAUGCACUGCACUUUGACCAGAAUUCUAUCAAAUUGGAAUUCACGGUCAAGUUUGAGCCAUCAUGUCUACUACCGUUGCAUGAUGAUGCAGCCCUACUUAAGAUGUUUCGAUUCAACGAAAUGUUUUGUCACGUCUAUGUCUCAUCAUCAAGUGAAGUUGUUGAAGGCUGUAUAGCACCGAAUAGUGCCCCUUCUCCUAUUGUUGGUUCGAAUUCUGCAAACCUACUUCCAUCCGGUGGCAAUAUGCCAAUUAAUAUCUGUAAUGACUCUCUUACAAUUGAGUCAUAUGGGUUUUCCCAUAGAUGUGCGGAAGCAAAUAUACUCGAACGUGACUCAAGGCGGUUUGAAAAUUCCAUUAUGGGUAGUGGACAUACCUUCCCCAAUGCUGCCGAGUUCCGUGAUGCCGUUUAUUUGAUGUCAAUUGCUAAUAGAUUCCGUUAUCGCUUCAAGAGGAAUAGUACGAAACACAUGACAGUUGUUUGCACAGUUGCUCAAUGUCCUUGGAAAGUCACAGCUCGUGCAAUUGGGGAUUCAAACAUUGUCCAGGUUCACACUUUUCAUAACCAUCAUAAUCAUAGUUUGGAAGAUGUUGCUGCAUGCCAACCUUUAGUGAGAUCUAAUCGGGCUUCAUUGCUUAUUGAUGAUGUCAUCCGGUCCACUCCCAAUUACCAACCCCGCCAAAUUUGUAAGGACUUUCAAAGGCAACAUGGGAUGCAAUUGACGUAUCUUCAAGCAUGGAAUAUCAAGGAGAAGGCAAAUGAGCGCAUUUAUGGAGAACCCAAAUAUUAUUACAAAUUGUUGCCUUGGAUGUGGUUUGCAAUGGGGUGUCGGCCAAUCAUAGCUAUUGACUCCGCCCAUAUGAGUGGGCCAUAUAGGGGUGCAUUAUUUUCGGCGACCACAUACGAUGCUAAUGAUGCCAUGUUCCCCUUAGCCUUUGGCGUGAUGAGCUCAGAAAAUUAUGAUGAUUGGUCUUGGUUUUUGCAAAAUUUGAAGAAGCUUGUUGGAGAUAAGGAAGUCGUUAUUAUCUCGGAUAGACAUCCCGCUCUCCUUCGUAGUGUUCCUGAAGUGUUUGGGCUUGAAAAUCAUGCCUACUGUUACCGUCACUUGAAGGAAAAUUUCAGCUCUUUCUUGAGCAAACAUAACACAAGAGGGAACAAAGGUAAAGAAAAUGCACUCCAAUUCCUUGAUAGUAUUGCCUAUGCAAGGUUAGAGCACGAUUACAAUGUUUCCAUGAUUGAACUACGGAAAUACAAUGACGCUUUGGCCAAAUGGGUUGAAGAAAAUGAACCCGAACAUUGGGCUAUGUCCAAAUUCCCAAAACAAAGAUGGGAUAAAAUGACCACAAACCUUGCCGAGUCGUUUAAUGCUUGGCUAAGGAAUGAAAGACAUCACUCCAUUUGUACAUUUCUAAUGGAGCAUAUGGCUAAGUUAGGUUCUAUGCUUUUCAAACAUAAAGAGGAAUCAAACAAUUGGAAGGGAUGCAUAGGGCCACAAAUUGAAGAAAAAGUUCAGCAGAAAAUUGCCAAGGGUGAGGUGUAUCCGGUCACUCCUUUCAUGAACGGAAUAUUUGGGGUUUCUAUUGGAACCACCUUCUUGAAUGUGGACAUUAUAAAGCGUACUUGCACAUGUAGGGGUUGGGAAAUGUUGGGCAUCCCUUGUGAACAUGCGGCAGCCGUUAUUCUUUCCAUUGGUCAGAAUGUUGUUGAUUUUGUUCAAGAUUGGUACAAAUUCCCAAUGCAAGAGCUGAUUUACUCGGGCUCCUUCUCCGGUAUAGAGACCCAUGACAUGCCAAUGGUCGGUAAUGAUGGUUUGGUUCGAUCUAUCACCGGUGAAGUUUUCCUCUCUCUUAACCCACCCCAUACCAAGCGGCCUCCCGGCAGACCAAGAAAGAAGCGCAUUGAGUCCCAAUUUCAAGAUAAACGGACUGUCUCUUGCUCAAGAUGUCAUACUUCCGGGCACAAUAGGAAAACGUGCAACAACCCUUUGUCUUAA